UUGAUUUUUAUUGUAAUAUGUCUGAUGCCCUCGCAAAUGCAGUGUGUGAGCGCUGCCAGGCUCGCUUUGAUCCCUCGGAGAGGAUCGUGAACAGCAAUGGGGAGCUCUAUCAUGAGAACUGCUUUGUCUGUGCUCAGUGUUUCCGACAGUUCCCAGAUGGACUCUUCUAUGAGUUUGAGGGUCGAAAGUAUUGUGAGCAUGAUUUCCAGAUGCUGUUUGCACCCUGUUGUGGGCAAUGUGGUGAGUUCAUUAUUGGACGUGUGAUCAAGGCAAUGAACAAUAAUUGGCACCCAGAAUGCUUCCGUUGUGAGCUCUGUGAUGUGGCACUUGCCGACCUAGGCUUCGUAAAAAAUGCUGGCAGGCACCUGUGCAGGCCUUGCCAUAAUCGGGAGAAAGCCAAGGGGCUAGGCAAGUAUAUCUGUCAGAAGUGCCACCUGAUAAUUGAUGAGCAGCCUCUGAUGUUCAGGAAUGACUCCUAUCAUCCAGAUCACUUCAACUGCACCCACUGCGGGAAGGAGCUGACUGCUGAGGCCAGGGAGCUGAAAGGGGAACUCUAUUGCCUACCCUGCCAUGACAAGAUGGGUAUCCCAAUCUGUGGAGCCUGUCGCAGGCCUAUCGAAGGACGAGUGGUCAAUGCUCUGGGGAAGCAAUGGCAUGUUGAGCAUUUUGUUUGUGCCAAAUGUGAGAAGCCAUUUCUGGGGCACCGCCACUAUGAGAAAAAAGGACUGGCUUACUGCGAGACUCACUACAACCAGCUCUUCGGAGAUGUCUGUUACAACUGCAGCCACGUGAUCGAGGGGGAUGUGGUAUCAGCUCUCAACAAGGCUUGGUGUGUGAACUGCUUCUCCUGCUCCACCUGCAACAUCAAGCUCACACUGAAGAACAAGUUUGUGGAGUUUGACAUGAAGCCAGUGUGCAAGAAAUGCUAUGAAAAAUUCCCUCUGGAGCUGAAGAAACGUCUGAAAAAGCUGUCUGAGCUGGCCUCCAGGAAAUCACAUCCCAAAGCUGUGGAUUUAAACUCUGCUUAAACAGGUCUGUCAUUCUGCUCACUGCACUCUUAUCCUCACAGACUGCAACUUGCAGCGGCUACUGAUCACAAAGGGAGCUGUUAAGAAUGUCUGAAACAAACCACAGACAAAUAGUACCUCCUCCAGCUUUUGUUACUGCAGCUUUCACCCUGAAUGCUCCUUUACUCAGGCAGUUGCAAAUUAACACUGACAGCAUGGGGAGUUUGGCCUCUGCUGAGGGGGUAGGGCAGAGCAAUGGGUAUGGUAGUUAACUGGCAUUAUUCUGCCAUUGAUCAGAUGUACACCAUUGUUUUUCUGUCCUUCAUCGUUUCUACAUUGAGCUGAAGUUCUCUCUCCUGUCGCCUGAGGAAUUUGGAAAGAACAGUGGUUUAAAUAUCAGAUGGUGAAACAUGCAGAUUGUUCAACACCAGUUAUAAGUAUCAAGGAUUCCUUAAAUGACUUGUAUGCAGAGCUUUUCACCUAUAGGACAAUGUUCUGAAUGUGGCCCAAAAUUACCACCAUCUGAUAACUGUUUGGUAUGUCCAAAAUGAGCUGGUCUUUGUCUAAUUCCCAGUGAACAAAUAUCCACAUCACAAAAACUGCCGCAGCAAUCACCCUUC